UCCCCCUGUUUGUGGCUAUAAUGGAACCUGUGUCUACAUAAGUGGCGGCUUCCGGUGUGAUUGUCACCCAGGAUACAGUAAUUCAGGGAAUUCAAUGGGACAGUGUGCAGAUAUUGAUGAGUGCAAUCAAGACCCCCUGAUCUGUGGGUCCAAUGCACAAUGCACCAACACUGCUGGGAAUUACAGCUGCUCCUGUGUGACUGGAUUCACUCCCAAUACUGGAGCCACAUGGAUUUACAAUCAAACACUGUGCAACGAUAUUGAUGAGUGCAACCAAGACCCUACAAUCUGUGGUUCCAAUGCACAAUGCACCAACACUAUUGGGAAUUACAGCUGCUCCUGUGAUACUGGAUUCACUCCCAAUACUGGAGCCACAUGGAUUCACCAUCAAACACUGUGCCAAGAUAUUGAUGAGUGCGCACCAAACCCAAUGAUCUGUGGCCCAAAUACAAUAUGCAGCAACACUGUUGGGCAUUAUAUCUGCACCUGUAAAACUGGAUUCAUCCCUUCUCCUGGAGCCACGUGGAUUCCCAAUAAAACACAGUGUGAAGACCUGAUGAAACAGAUGGCUACCGCAAGUUGCCCACAAGCAUCAAGCCAGCUUUGCUUCCUUUCUUCAUUUACAGACCAAUUAAAAAAUGGCUCAGAGAUUCCAGUUGAGAUGGUGGCUAGUGUCUUGGGUACAAUUGUCAGCAGUGACUCCGCUUGGACAAACCAAAAUGAUGAGCAGAAGUCUGAAGCAGCUCAGAUGAUUCUGACCUCUGCAGUGAGUCUGGUAUCCGCCUUGAUUAAGCCCACUGCUAAUGUCACAAGCAAGAAAGUGAAAUCAGAAAAACUGGAAAUCGACUUGAUGGUGGUUGGAUCAAACACAAGCCUGAAUGCAAUCCCGAAAUUGGAAGCUCAAGGAAACUCAAUGGAAGUUGACCUGCAGGGUGUCGCGAAGGAGAACAAUAAAAGUUAUGCUGCAGCAGUUUUCAUAUCAUACAAUGGAAUGAGUUCACUUCUAAGUGCCAGUUUUUUUGUGAGUGAACACAUUCCUGAAAUUAAUUCUGAAGUGAUAUCGGCCACAUUACCUGAAAUGCAACUCUCCAACCUCUCUGAGCCUGUUAACUUCACAUUAAAGCACUCCAAGCCUGGAUCAGAAGGGAACAUGACCUGUGUCUACUGGAAACCUAUAAAAACCUGGUCUCCAGAAGGCUGUAAACAAAUACAGACCAACGAAACACACACAGUCUGCAGCUGCACCCACCUCUCCACCUUUGCAUUGAUAAUGGAGAUUGAGAAACCGCAACACCAUGAAGAUGACGGCGACAUGUUAGAAUUGAUUAAUUUAAUUGCAGUGCCGAUCAACCUGUUUUUUCUAAGUUGUGCAAUUACAACCUUCAUAUGUUGCCAGUCUAUUCAGAAUGCCAACAACACCAUUCACCUGCACUUGAGCAUCUGUCUCUUCCUGGCUCACCUUCUCUUCCUAACUGGGACAAGCCAAACAAAGGUCCCGGUGUUGUGUGCAGUCAUAGCUGGGCUCCUACACUACCUCUUCUUGGCCAGUUUUGCCUGGAUGUGCCUGGAGGGAGUACAGCUCUACCUGCAGGUGAGAAACCUGAGGCAGGUGAGGCGGAGUAGCAGGCAGACCCUGCGUACAGGAUACCUGCUGCUGGCUGGCUACGGCACUCCCCUUCUCAUCGUGGCUGUGUCUGCAGCGCUGUUUUCAGAUGGAUAUAUGAAUAAUGAAAUAUGCUGGCUGAGUUAUGAGAAGGAAUUCCGCUGGAGUUUUCUUGGCCCUGUUGCUCUCAUAUUGGCAGUUAACAUGAUUCUCUUCGGUGCAAUUAUCUGGACUCUGCAAGCGACUCUGUCUCAGCUCAAUGCCGAAGUGUCCUCGCUUAAGGACAGCAGCUUGCUGACUUUCAAAGCCCUCGUCCAGUUUGUGAUCUUGGGCUGUAGCUGGUUCCUUGGCUUUUUCCCACAAGUUGAAAUAUGCAGAGUGUUGUUCAUCGUCCUCAACUCUCAGCAGGGGACCAUGAUAUUCAUUGUGUACUGCUUGCUGAACAGAGAGGUGAGGAAGGAGUACAAGAAAUGGUUUUGUUGCCAACGGAAGUCUUCAACAACUUAUGCAAUUAGCUCAAGGGGCAGAGAAACAUCUGUGACGACACUAUCCAGAUAAAGAUGCAAACAGCACAAUGAGGACUGGAUCACCCAGAAACAACUGCAUGUUCCACUAUGAACAACAGUGGCAGUGCUGGAGAUCCUUUGGUUAUUCACUUUUUUUUUUAGGAUGUUGUUUGCCAUUUUUUACACUAUAUUUUCCUAGUAUCAAAUCACUGUAGGUCACUGCUCACUUUUUAAGUUAAUUGGCUGUUAAUGGUUAGUAUAUAAUGACCACUUCGAGUAAUUUGCUUCAGCUUACAUUGUCUAGGGUUUCAUUUCCCCUGUAGGUUUUUAUGAUGUUUGUAAUUAUUCUUUUAUUUUCUGGUAAAAUGUGUUCACGUGUUUUGACUACUAGUUCAGGAGCUGUUCUUCACUUGCUUACCAGCACCAUUUAUAGCACUGCUCUGUAUUAACAGCAAAAUCCAAAGAGGCAACUUCAUGAUUUCCAAGUUCUUUCAAACAAUAUGAAAAGAGUAAGGAGGUUCAGAAAAUAUUUCCAUCUGCUGUUCAUCUUGUUAGGCGGUUUGCAAUCAUUCUAUGUGGUUCUUAUUGUAAUUCUACUGUAUUAUAUAUACUGUGUGAAUUUUUUUGUGUGUGAUUUUUUUAAAUGCUAUUUUACUUUUUGAUAGUGAUGUGUAAUAAAGCUGAUCUUUAGUUCUUGUUGCUUGUGAAAUAUGCAACACAGUCUGGAUCUACCAAAGUGUGUCUACAGAAGUAAGAGCCAGUGCUGCCUUGUGAACAGCCAUGGUUUCCUUUUGUAAUGCUUGCAAUACGCAACUGUGCACUAGAUGGCACCGAGACAUGAACCUGCUCUUCCCUGAUUGUAUGACUCCCUCUCUGCUAUGUGCCAAGUUAUACAACACCUCUCCAAGCUCCUCUGUAUUCUGUUCUUGAUAAAUGAUUAGUAUAUGUGAUUGAUAUAUAUAUAUAUAUAUAUAUAUAGCUUGGGCAGCAUUGGGGUAAUGCAUAUAAAAAAUACUGCAAUCUAUUAAAACAACAAUUGUUUGUUUUAGUGUUUAAAUUUUAUUAUUAAACAAAUAAGGUUGUGUGUUUAUUUGAUUUGUAAUAGUGCUAACACAACCUAAUACAUUUGCUGUUGAAUUGCUAAGCAAACUGGCACAGUUUUGCACUUAAAGAAAAAUAUGAAUAUGCCAACAAUAGCAAAACCUAGACGAUUUAACAAAUUUACUCUUUACGACUGGGACAAAAUAAAAUUAAGCUGAAAGCUGGGACAAUGUUGACUAUAUAAUUUUUACAAAUAUUUGAAUAUUAAAACAAAAAACUGCUUGAAAUGGAUUUGGUGGCAAUAAUAAAUAUGUUUGUGUUCAUAUAACGAAAA